GCUCGGUUCAGUGUUUGACAAGCCUUCACCGGAUUAACAAUUUUUCGAAGUGAGGUGUGCAACUCCCAAACCAUUUCUCGCGUCUUUCUCCCGCUCUCGCUCGUAAAAAAAAAAAAAAAACAAACGGCAAAACGUGCAGGAAGGCAGAGGUGAUCGUCCAUCUAGCCAAUAGGCGAGGAUCGGCCCCGGUCCGGGUUCAUGUGUUUCGCGGUUCGUGUUCGCGAUCAUCGUGCGAGGAUCGAUCCAUCACUUUUAUCGUCCGUCGUCGUCGUCGUCGUCGCCUAGGUUGUGCUCGGUUCAAAUGAGGUCCGUAAUCAUUCUCGGGACGUAAUCAGCGUCCGUUGCUGUUUUGUGUUCAUAGUGUCGACUGGCCGUACGUACAUCGUGUUAUCUGUCACCGUGACCGUGACCGUGUAUGUGUAGAAGUGAUUUUUUAUGCGCCAAGUGUAACGGAAAAGAUCAGCAUAACGAGAAACCUUUUAUCCCGUCUCGUCGUGGCGGUGAUAAUCUUCUGGAAGGAGUCAAACUUGUUUGUGUUGAACUGUGGAGCCGCGGGGCCACACCAUCUGAUCGCAACGACGAGCGGCCCCUCACGUAGAAAGAGAGAGAGGGGGUUUGUUUGGAUUCGGAUUGGCGAAAUUUGGAUCACUGCGAGAGCUGGUGACCGGAGGCAGAAUUUGAAAGUUGUUGAACCGAUCGGGCAUGGUCGGUUGAUUGAAAUUGUGUUUGAGUGCAGAUGCAAAGCAAUGAAUGAAAACGGAUCGGAGAUGGUUUUGUGUGGUAUGAGUGCAAUGGUGUCCAAUCGUUGUCAAGCGACGACGACGACGAGCUGAUAAGAGAUAACACUGUUGUUGGAUGAAAAUAUUAAUAUAAUAAUACAUACAUUGUGUUCCCAAUUACGGUGACGGUUAUAGUUUCAAAAGAUUAAACUAACGAUGGACUUGUUGUGUUCCUAGAAUAGUUAUAGCCGUCGAUCGUGUUUUGGUAACAACCUGUUUCGCUGGGGAAAUUAGUCUCUACUCACAGUGACUAAUUAGUUUGGCAUUAUGUUGAACUGGUUUCCUGAACAAAGGAAAACUUCUGGCAUGGAAUCGAACCGAUAGGUUUCAAAAUUUAACACUGCUUCAGCUACCGGGAGACAAGAGGAAACCAACGUUGCACAGUUGCUAGUAAAGACAACUGUUCUCUACGCGCCGCUUCAGGUUGACAUCGCACGCCUUCCUGGUGCCUUGCUCGCUACCCAUCAAAAGGAUUCCAUCCCAUUCGGAGCGCGUGCCCUGCAUGAUCGAUGUGUAAAACAAACGCAAGUGCUCUCCCCAAUCGAUCGAUCGUCAUUUGUGCUUGGAAAGGAGGAAACAAACCGCGAGCCGCGAAGAUAAACGACAUGAGUGAAUAAGUGCCCAUGAAACGAAGCGAGCAAAGCAGAUCAUGAUUCAUGAACGUCACGACACGUUCCGAUAGUGAGUGAAUUUGAAAUUUGUAAGGAGCUCAAGGAAUUCCUUGCGCAAACCAGCAAAGCCGUUGCAGUGCAAAGAGAAUUAUCGCAUCAAAAGAUAAGAGAAGUGAAUGUGGCGAGUGAAAUGCUCAUCAUUGAGGAAUAACGAGCAGUAAAGUGAAGUGAUUUAUGAGCAAAAGUGAAAUUAAUUGAUUUUCCGGCAAAUUACAAAGUAAAUCCCAUCAGUAGCAGUGUGAAUUGUGCACAAUUCGGAUGAUAGCGGUGCCGCCUUUGCCAAUAAUUAUAAGAAGAAGAAGCCGAUAAGUGAUCUGAGCCUUUGUAAUCCAACCGACAAAAGUUGAUGCGCUAAUCGAUUACUUUGGAGCAAAAUUAUACUUGAAAGAGCAGGGAAGCUCAACGAAGAUAUUUGGGGAAAAAAGUGCAGUUAGAUAACCCAGUGCCGCAUUCGAUUCGUCGAUAUUUGCAACAGUAGUGAUUCCAGUGCAGAUGCAGACGACAAAUUUUUAGGUGAAGAAAUCCGUGAGGAAAGAAGAUUAUCUCCAUACAAAUCAGCCCCAAGUGGUGAGGAGAGCAGUGAUUCAAGAGUGCCUUUCGUUGACGUGGUUUUUUGGCGCUGUUUUGGUUGAAGAGUUCCGGUCCCCAGUGAAGUGUGCGCUGAAAUCAAUUCCACUUUUGAAGUGCGUUUUUUUUUUGUGUGGUGCCCGCUUGGAAGAGUUUCGGGAGUUUUUCCGUCAAUUAAAAGUGACAUCAAUCGGUGAAGUGUUGAUUUGCGGACGCAACGCAUCGCUGAAGAGAGGUGGUGUCAACCAAGAUCGUGGGACCCUGAGUACCGUUAACCCAACCAAUCUUCUCCCAAAUCCCUCAUCAAUCAUAACCAUUCGCGCACCACGCCCAAUCCCCACAAUCCCAGUGCCAAUGGUGAGGUAACCGUGUGCUCGAGGGCACUCCAUCAAGACUCGAUCCCAGUGAUCCCUUCCCAGUCUCCCCUCCUCCCCCAUAUUUACCACCUUCCUUCUUACCAUCCCCAUAAGUUACGCUGAUUGCAGCGGGUAGAGCGCAUCGGGUUGAUCGCCACCCCCACCCAACACCGGAGCUAUGUUAAACUGUACGGAUCUUGCCUGCGUGCUGCACCACCACCACUUCUAUGCGCAUCUGCAUCACCUGAAGCACCACCUGCAGGAUGACCACGACCACCAAGGGCACCAUGGCCACCACGAGAGCCACGACCAUCAUGAUUCAGCUGGUGGAGAGGGGAGUGACGUAGAAACGAACAACAUUCAGGAUCUACUAAACGAUACCGAUUCAGAACUUUCCUCCCUAUCGCAUGUUGAUGCUCCCAACGAUGUCCUGUAUAUGGUAUGUGGAGUUGUCAUUGCCAUGCUCCUCGUGGGCCUCAUCAUAGUUUUAGUAGCAGUCACAAUCAGCAAACUGAGAAAGCGCGAAGAAUCGUCCGUGAGUCCAGUGACGGCGACCAACGUGGAAGCUGCGCCACCGUCGUCGAACCACAAUCAUCAUAAUCAUCAUCAGAACAACAACAACAGCAGCAGCACCAACAACCAUCAUCACAACAAUCAUCAUAGCAGUAGUAAUAACCACAGCAGUCAGCUGGAGAACGGCUACUCCGUGCCAACUCCGGUGGCGUUCCGGCAAAGCCCGUCCAGUGUGUGGGUGUUUCCUCCGCUACCGCCGCAGCCUAACCUGUACCACUACAACGCCAAUAGUCAAGACGCGUUAGUACACAACGAGAAGACCGGCUUCAAGGGACUGAAGCGACAACUGUCGGGCCGCUUCAAGCGGUUGGUGUCGCGAAAAUCGCACGAACCCGCCCCGGCGAUACCGCCCGAGCUGAAGCCCCAGCUGAAGACCAUCUACGUUUAUUAAUAAUAACACAAAACACAAAAAGAGAAGCACCAGCAGACGUUUACUAAGCUACUAUAACACUUUACUUUAAGAGGACGGAUAUUUGUAGACAGUACUAACUAUAUUAGAGAUCAGUUCAUUUUUUUUUCGAUAUAUUUCGAGUAGGAGCGUACUGCUAAUUGUGAGAUUAGUGUUCGAGGUUUCUAUCCUGGGAUUUUUUUGAUUUUAUGUUCAAGAUUGAGAACGAUUGAGAGGAAGAGUUCAUGCGAGUGAGAAUAAGUGAUAGAUUUUCUUAUACGAGUGAUAGGGACCCAUUUUUCCAGGAUUUCAAAUUUCCUAUGACCAAGAUUUCAAAUUUUUGUACCACGAAGAAAAAAAACGAAGGUUGAUAUUAAAAUCAGAUUUUUUUUAUGAGAAGAAUGUUUUCCGUUUGUACUCUUCACAGUUUUCGGAGGCUCCAACGCCAACCACACACAAUUGAUAUUGAUCCGCCAUUCCAGUUUGUCGAUUUUUGUAGGGAGUGACUAGCCCGUCUAGUGCACUAAUGUCCAGGAGAACCGCGAAGCUUAACGAUACAGAAGUAAUUAUUAUUAUUAGUAAACCUAGAAGAAGACUGACACACACAUGAAAUCCAUUUUUUGUUUUGUUAGGCAUGCGAAGGGACAACGUUAACAUAUAACAUACAUACAAACACAAAUGAGAGGAGAGCCAAUCGCGCUCAGCCGCUCUGAAGGCUCCCUUCUUUCAGAGACUGGAUUCGAGCGUCUGUGUUAAACAAUUUCAUGUAGUUCUGCUAGAUUUCUGUAUUUUUUCCUAUACCAACCACAAAGAACAGAAAGUAUUUCCAUCUUUUCUACUCUUUAAUUUAACGUAGCGAAAUAUGUUUUCAUUAGAAAAGAAUGCUUCAACAUAACUAAAUUAGAUAAAAAAAAAGAAAACAAAUCAAAACAAGAGCAAUAUAAGCAAAUUUUUCUAGUGUAUUAAAAGCAUGAACAGCAGAACGAACACAGCCUCACGGCACCUAACGCUAGCGAAAGAUAUUUAUUAUUUUAUCGUGUAGUCAAUCAGCUCCACUCCCAUAUUGUGUUUAGGCAGCUCAAAAUACUUAGAAUCAACCCAUCAAAACUGCAUUCAAAGCCGAAAACGACAAUUAUAUUGAUGAUUAUGAUGAUGAUGAUGAUUAUAAUUCUUAAAAUGCGCACACUUCCACCUUAAUGAACUAAAUUCAGGACAAACCAUGCGCAAAGAACAAAGAAAACACAUUGUGUAGCAUAGUAGCUAAAGAAAAUCAAAAAACAAAAAUCCUGCGUUGCUUAGAGAUCCAAACAAAACGCGCCAUUUUGUUGUGUUGAAACGUCAACACACGAACACACAGGAAAACAAAAAAAAAAUAUCUGAGAUGAAAAUAGGCUAUUUAGGUGAUUGUAGGCGAAGAACAUUAAGAAGAAAACUCGGAGAGCAGGAAAGUUCACUCACAUUGAGUGCCGCCAAAACUGAAAACUGAAUCCCCACACAAACACACCAUUAGCAACACGGAAAAACAAACACCCCCACAAACACACAAGCACACAGUUUCACAGAGGCAGAGAGAGAGAGAGUAACACCAGGAAGAAGGCCAUGGAGAAAGUCAUCACCGCCCUUCUCGGCGGGUCGCAGUUCCCGGGGUGGGACCGACACAAUAGAGUCCCGCCUAGCCUCAAGGAUCAGGUGACCCGCGGGAGGGUUUGGGAAAGGGUGAUGGGUUGCACCUGGCACAGUGGCACCACGCGAUAGCCGUAGUGCAGAGGAAGAGAGCUAAGGUCCUCUCUUAGAAUCGGUGUACUUUGGGGUGUGCAAGAUUUACUGCAAGGAAAUCAACAAGAACAACAGCUAACAGGGCAGAAUACAGUUGUACGGAAAUUGUAAUUUAAAUAAAUGCGAUAAUUUAAAAAAGAGAA